GGGGAGCUGACAGUCCUGAUGGAUAGAAAAGGCUAAUUUAUUGAUUCAGAGGAGCACAGACCUGCAGAAGAGGAUCUGUCUCCAGGCAUUUUCAGAAGGACCAUCGGAGUUCCACAAAUAUCGGAAAUGCCUUAUCCCUGCAGAUUCUGUGCUGAAUUGCUCAUGCAGUGCCACUCUCCUCCAUGGACCCUCGCCUCUACAUUUGCCUCUGGUGCUUCCUAGCCGUACUCUUCAUGGAGGGGAUCAACGAGACUGCGGUGAGAGAGUUUGUCUUCCUGGGCUUCUCGUCACUGGCUGAGUUGCAGCGGCUGCUUUUCGUUGUCUUCCUGCUCCUCUACCUCUUUACCCUGGGCACCAAUGCCCUCAUCAUUUCCACCAUCGUGCUCGACAGGGCCCUCCACACCCCCAUGUACUUCUUCCUCGCGGUCCUCUCCUGCUCUGAGACCUGCUACACUUUUGUCAUUGUACCCAAGAUGCUGGUUGACCUGCUGGCCCAGAGGAAGACCAUCUCCUUCCUGGGCUGUGCCAUCCAGAUGUUUACUUUCCUCUUCCUUGGCUGCUCUCACUCCUUCCUGCUGGCAGCCAUGGGCUAUGAUCGCUAUGUGGCCAUCUGUAACCCACUGCGCUACACAGUGGUCAUGGGGCACGGGGUGUGUGUGGGACUAGUGGGUGUUGCCUGUGCCUGUGGCUUCACUGUCUCCUUGGUCACAACAUCCCUGGUGUUUCACCUGCCUUUCCAUUCCUCCAACCAACUGCAUCACUUCUUCUGCGACAUCUCCCCGGUUCUCAAGCUGGCAUCUCACCGCUCCCGACUGAGUCAGAUAGUCAUCUUCCUGCUUGGCGUGUUUGUCCUGGUUAUUCCACUGCUACUCAUCCUGGUCUCAUACAUUCGCAUCAUUUCUGCCAUUCUGAAAAUCCCGUCCUCUGUGGGAAGAUAUAAGGCCUUCUCUACCUGUGCCUCCCAUCUCAUUGUGGUCAUUGUUCACUAUGGCUGUGCCUCUUUCAUCUACUUAAGACCCAAGUCCAAUUACUCUUCAAGCCAAGACACUCUGAUCUCUGUUUCUUAUACCAUCUUCACUCCAGUCUUCAAUCCAAUGAUUUACAGUCUAAGAAACAAGGAAUUCAAAUCAGCACUUCGACGAACAAUUGGCCAGACAUCAUUUCCUGUUAAUUAA